UUCACAGCCUCACAGGUGUUGUAUUGGGUCUACGUUCCAAUUCGUCCAACUUCUUGCUGUAACGUAAUCCGUAUCCAAGAAGAUAAGGAGAUAUCUAAGAGUUCAAACCAGCCUUUCAAACUAUCUUUGCAUGCAUUGCACAAUGAUCUGUUGAUUUAUUGCUUUUGGAAGGAGGGUGUGCAAUUCCCGCUUUUUUUUUCUUUUCUUUUUUUUUUUUUUCUCCAGAGAAAUGGCAAAUUACUCGAAGGCCCACAUCUGCCAGUGCUUGAGCCGCGUCUCGACGGUCCGCCGGAGCUCGACGGUUACAGUGGCCGGAGACAGAAGGAAGACCGGCGCACAGCUUGUUGAGGGAGUUUUGAGCCUGGCGCGUGGGCUUCUUCAGCUUGGCCUGAAGCCCGGUGACGUGGUCGCCAUUUGUGCUCUCAACAGCGAUUUGUAUUUGGAGUGGCUACUUGCUGUUGCAUAUGCUGGAGGAAUAACUGCUCCACUCAAUUAUCGUUGGAGCUUGGAAGAAGCAAUGGAGGCAGUGGAGGUGGCAAGACCUACAUUAUUGGUCACAGACUCAAUGUUUAAUUUCUGGCAUUCCAAGCUCCAUGCAGAUUCUAUACCUUCUCUGAGAUGGCAUGUCUCAAUGGAUGUUCCUUUUGGAGUGAAAAGCACUUGGACUGGCUUGACUACCGAAAAGCUUACGAAACAUUUUGAAAAAUCUCUAGCAACUAAUUACCUUUGGGCACCAGAGGGAGCUGCUAUAAUAUGCUUUACCUCAGGUAUGCCUCAUGUUUUAAUAUCUCUUUUUCCAAGUGUUCUACAAGCCUACUUAUGUAAUCUCUUAUGCUCUUUCUACAUGACAAUAGGAACCACUGGCAGGCCUAAGGGAGUUACUUUAAGCCACUCUGCUCUGUUAGUACAGUCCCUCGCAAAAAUCGCAAUUGUUGGUUAUGGAGAGGAUGAUGUGUAUUUACACACGGCUCCACUUUGCCACAUUGGUGGAAUAUCAUCAGCUUUGGCUGUGUUAAUGGCUGGAGGUUGCCACAUCUUAAUACCCAAGUUCGAUGCUGGAUUGGCUGUUGGAUCCAUUCACCAACAUCAUGUCACCUCUCUAAUUACUGUCCCAGCUAUGAUGGCUGAUCUAGUUUCAUUUUACAGCAGAAAGGGGGCACCUGAAGGGUCAGAAACUGUGAAGAAGAUUCUUAAUGGGGGUGGGGCCCUUUCAGUUGAGCUUAUCACUCAUGCAGCUACAAUUUUUCCAAGAGCUAAACUUCUCUCUGCCUAUGGGAUGACAGAGGCAUGCUCUUCACUGACAUUCAUGACUCUCUAUGAUCCGACAAACAAAAGUGUUAGACAGCAGCUUCAGUUAAACGAUGUUAGAAACUCCAAUUUGGCACGGCAACCAGAGGGCACCUGUGUUGGAAAGCCGGCUCCACAUGUUGAAUUAAGAGUUUGCGCAGAGGAUUAUUCAUCUCAUAUUGGGAGGAUACUAACACGAGGCUCCCAUGUCAUGCUGGGAUACUGGGGUCAAACUUCUAACAAAACUUCCGAUCUUGCUGGUGAAAACUGGCUUGACACGGGUGACAUAGGGCAAAUAGAUAACCAUGGCAACGUCUGGCUCAUUGGGCGAUCUAAGGGUCGUAUCAAAAGUGGAGGAGAAAAUGUUUAUCCUGAAGAAGUGGAGGCUGUCCUGUCACAGCAUCCCGGGGUUUCUGGGAGCGUUGUUGUUGGAGUUCCAGAUUCUCGGUUGGGAGAGAUGGUUGUCGCUUGCAUUCGGGUCAAAGGCAAUUGGUUGUGGGAUGAUUUGAGUUCCAAUCCUUCAGUUAGUGACACGGGAAACUACCUGUCUGGUCACAUCCUCCGGUGCUUCUGUAAAGAAAAACAGUUGACUGGGUUUAAAGUACCAAAAAGAUUUAUUUUGUGGAGGAGGAAUCAAUUUCCAGUGACUUCUACUGGCAAAAUAAGAAGAGACCAAGUCAGAAGAGAGCUCAUGUCUAAUAAUAUGCAGUUGAUGAUAUCCAGCAAGUUAUAGCGCACAGUUGUUUGGAGCAGAGACAGUAACAACAGAUUACACUGGAUGGAAGGAGGGAGGAAGGGUUUUUUUUUUUUUUUAACAAGAAAAAUGAGUUUUCAGAAUACAAAAAAAACUAUGGUAAACACGCUCGAUUGGGCAUUGCUGUUGCGCUCCAUGUGAGAAAUGCGUGCCUUUUUCAUAUUUGGUGGAGCCUACUUCAGAGACUAAAAAUCAAUUCUUGUAGGAAGUUCUCACCUACCUCUUCUCUCUCUUUUACUUCAGCUAAAAUCCCCCAAAAAACUGAGUAAAAAUUACUAUUGUAGUUGUUCUUAUCUGCCACAUUUUUUUUUGUUGUUGUAAUCAUAGCGAAAAUAUUGAGUUAAUUUUGUACUAAUCCAUUUAUGCAAGAGUGCAGAGGAACACAUAGAUUCGGUUGGGGUUUUGGGAUUA